UCUCGAGUCGGCGAUUAAUAGCAGUCGGACCUAUUCGACACACACAGCGCAUGCGUAGAGCCCAAUGUGAUUACGAAAAUGCCUGUUACAUGACUGUUUUUGAGAUAAAUUCGUUGUAAACUUUGCAUUAGGAGACACGCUCGGUGGUAAAAUGACAAGUGAAGAAGAGGAGAGCAAGAGCAAGGGAUUUAGGCUGCUGGGAAUUCUGGAUGUCCAGAACACUCCAUGUGCCAGAGAGGCCGUCCUGCACGGAGCUGGAGGCUCACUAACAGCUGGCCUGCUGCACUUUCUGGCCACCAGUCGGGUGAAGAGGUCUUUCGACGUGGGAUUUGCAGGUUUCAUGCUCACCACAGUUGGAUCCUGGUUAUACUGCAGGAUGAGCAACGCUAAGCUUCGUGUACAACAGAGGAUGAUCCAGGACGGCAUCAAGAACAAGGUCGUCUAUGAAGGGACCGUCCUGGACCCUACAAACAAACCCCAAGCAGAAACACCAUCAGGCCCUUCGUGACCUCCAGCGCUGAAACUCCUCCUCGUCCUCCUCCUCCUCCUCCUCUUCCUCCUCUGUCAGGGCUCCGAGGAGACGAGAGGACUCUUGUCAGCUGUCACUGUCAUAUCCUGUUGUUGCGUUUUCCAAAAGACUGACUUCACCUGCACAAAUAAUGGAAUGAAAAAAAAACAGUUGUGUUUUGUUGGUUCUGUUUUGUUUUUUUUUUCUUUGUGGGUUUUUUUUUUGUCUGACAGGAAACAGCAAACCCUAAACAAUUGACGUCAUAUUCCAGCCUGUCCACAUAUGGACUUUUUGACUGAAAGAGUAAGCUGUUCCUAAAAUGCACCCUGAUCCUGAAAUAAAAAUGUUUGUGAACCAAAUUUACCAGUUAAAUCCUCAAUACCUGAAAUUCUGAGAUUCCAGUGACUCAUUCAGUGUUCAUUAUUUACACCAAUCAGACACUUAAUAGUACAAGGAAGUUGAGAAAACUACUAGUGUGAUGUCAGACUGUUGCUGUACAUCAGAUACUGCCGCUGUAUGUAAUCUGCUGUGCAUUUAAAACAGCCUGAGCUACUGUACUGAUAAUAAGUCAUAAAAAUGGUAGAAAAAAAUAACUCUGCUUAGAUAACAGGUACAAUAAGGGUUAAGCAACACAACACGGGGUUGAAAAUGGCAAUAUAUAUUGACAGCGUACUGAUUUAAACAGAAAAAAUACUAUCCAGUUUUAAGUCAGACUGCAUCCCUGCAGAGGUUGAAACCACAUUAUGGCCUGAGAUGUUUCCAUUCAGAUGUCUUUUUAAUUUAAAAAAAAGCAUGUGAGGUAGGGUAUGUAUCAGAAACACAUCUCAUCUGUGAAAUAUGAGUUUAAGUGCUGUGAAUCUGAACUGUUUGUCUGACUGACCUUAAACUGUAUUUAUUUUUACUAUUUGUUCUGACUCUCUGUAAUUGU